UUUCGUUGCUGUCUAUCACUUCGUUUCCUGUUUUUUCCUGUCCGCUGAAGUGAAAAGUAUGGUGAGGUGAUGUGUUUAUUGUGAAAAGGCCGCUUUGCCAUGUCCGGUGUCGCGCAUCAAAAUAGGAGGCGACGUGCCCCUAAAAUGUACCUGCUGACAUCCGACCACAAAGUUCAAGAUCACCUGGAAGGCACCAUUCGCCUGCAGAGGGGAAAUCUCUGCCAAGAGCAGGAGGGUGGAGGGGAGCGAGGUGGAAGAGUGGACUAUCUUUGGGUUAAGGUGAUAGACAAUGGCAGUAUGGUGAAGCUGGACAAACAUUUGCUAAAUGAAGUGCCUGCUGAUCUAGCCAGCUUGUUGGAGCCUAUCACUGACCUAGAACUGCGUUUUAAACUGCUCUCCAGACCUCAUCGGUUACACAGAUUGGCUGCUUUGCCCCUGGGCUCACAGGUGCUGGUGCGGUGUGGCCCAUCUGGAGAGUUUGCGGAUGCAGAGCUUCGUUACCGCGGCCCCCUAACACGAGGAAGUGCUGCCAUGUAUUUUGGGGUCCAGCUAAAAGGCUGGGCAGCAGGUAGGGGCAGCAGCAAUGGAAGCUACAAAGGACAUCAGCUCUUCACCUGCCCGGAUCAGUGCGCCCUCUUCGUGGCCGCCAGCGAGCUGACCACCCGCCGCUCAUCUCACAGUGGCAGCACCGGUGAGCUCGAGGCCGACCGUGACCCUGGCUGGCUAGAACAGAGCCAAAGUCAUGGUCAGGGUCCAGUAAGCAUCCUGCCACGCGCUGCAGACUCAGCCGUGGUCCCUGCCUCACCACCGCCACUACAGGGUGGCCAGAGAGUCUGCUUCCUCCAGGAAGAUGUCCUCCACUGGGGCACGGUGCAGUACUGUGGCCCACUACCUGGGCGGACGUCCACAGGGCUGUAUGUGGGAGUUUUGACGGAUAAACCAGUAGGAAGCUGGAAUGGUUGCUAUAAGAGUUAUAAGCUGUGCUCUAUUCCAUCUCCUGAAUAUGGCCAUCUUCUUCCGCUCUCCAAAGUGUCUACAGAACUGAGAAUGGAGCGGGCACCUCCUCUUGGCUCUAACACCAAAGCCCCUCCUGUCCAGCCUCCAUAUCCUUUGUCUAAGACAGCCCUUCAGCCACCUUCGCCCACUCUGAGCAAGCAACCCCCCCAGCCCACAGUAUCUGCCCCUUACACGAGGCCACUGAUAGAUCCCGCCAUGCUGGCCAUGGCUAAAUCUGCCCUUCAACCUCCUUCCUCCUCUUCUUCAGAAACACUAAAAGUUAUUUUAAAGCCGCCUCCUCUCCAUAACCCUAAAACUGCUCUUAAACCACCAGCUGCUGUAUCCAGUAAGACACAAGCCCCGCCUCCUUCACCUCCCACCGAUCUGUUCCAUCCUGCUAAUGGAUUUCACGAUCCUCCCUCUCCACCAUUUUCUGAGCAGAAGGCGGAGCCUAAGAUAUGGUUAGAGGUGGGGUCUAUGAUUGAGAUGAACGACCCACCAAUUUUUGGAGUAAUACGCUGGAUUGGACAGAUCAGCGGCAUUUCGGACCAAGUGGCGGGAAUUGAACUGGACCAGGAGUUGUCUGCUGCUACGGAUGGCAGCUACCUCGGUGAGCGGCACUUCCGUUGCCCUCCUAACAAGGGGUUGUUUGUCAAACUGCGGAACUGUAGGAGGGACUCCAGGUUUCCCGCCCCUGAGGCGCCCAUCAACCAAGUGGAGCGCUGCAAUUCAAUUGCAUUCGCAGAGUGGGGCAGUAAGCGUGUGGAGGAGAACACGCCCCCUGUGCUGGGUACAGACGCUAGGAAGCUGUAUGAGGGCUUUAAGAAGGGUAUCCAGGGUCAUCUCAACUCCUGCUACCUGGAUGCCUCACUCUUCAGUCUCUUCUCCUGCUGCAGCUCAGUUGAUUGGGUUUUGUUUUGGCCUGCCAACGAGGAAGGCCAACGCAGUAAAGAUGCUCAGGAACUGUUGCGCUGUGAUAUCGUUAACCCUCUACGCAGGUAUGGAUAUGUAUGUGCCAGUAAGACCAUGGCUCUACGGAAGCUUCUGGAAGCUGAGACUACAGAUGCAGGCUUUACUAAUGAAGAAAAAGAUCCUGAAGAAUUCCUUAACAAGCUUUUCCAGCUCCUCCGGGUAGAACCAGUUCUAAAAAUUAGAUCUGUGAGCCAGGAGCCACAGGAGUGCCACAUCUACCAGCUCUUCCCGCCUUCCAGCUUGACCUCUCUGUCUUCCCCUGUUCCCUCCCCUCUCUCUUCCUCUCUGUCUCCCUCCCUCUCCCCCAUCCCUCUGUCCUCACCCCCUGCUGGACUAAUGAGGGUUGCCAGUGUGCAGGCUCUAUUGGAAUCCUCCUUCAUGCAUUCUGGGCUUAAAUUCACUGAGGCUCCUUCCUGCUUGCCCCUCCUCAUGCCACGCUUCGGCAAAGAGUUUAAGAUGUUUGACGCCAUCCUGCCAUCCCUCACCCUCGACAUCACUGACCUGCUGGAUGAGACACUCCGACAGUGUAGUAUCUGUCAGUCAGUAGCGGAGUGGGAGUGUCUUCAGUGUUAUGAGGAUCUGGACAUUACACCUGGCCAGUUAAAACAGUAUUGCAACACCUGCAGCACACAGGUUCAUGCCCAUAGGAAGCGUCAGAUGCAUACACCCGUCAAGGUCCGAGUCCCCAAAGGCACGUGGGAGGGGCCGGUGCAUAGUGCUCGUCAGCAACUGGCUCUCUUUGCUGUGACAUGCAUUGAGACCAGCCACUAUGUGAGCUUUGUGAAGCAUGGGCCCCUACCUACUGACUGGCUGUUUUUCGACAGUAUGGCUGAUAGAGAGGGAGGAGAGAACGGCUUCAAUGUGCCACAGGUGAGGGCAUGUCCAGAGGUGGGGCGUUACCUGAGUCUAUCGGAGGAAGAGCUGAAACGCCUAGAGACUGCUUCCCUUAAGGAGCCUGUGCGACGACUACUCUGUGAUGCCUAUAUGUGCUUUUAUCACUGCCCUGAACUAAGCCUGUAUAAGUGACCUUCACAGAUGCAACACACUCCAGUCCAGUGCAGUGACAGCUUAGUGGUUAAGGUACUAGAAUAGCAAUCAAAAGAUUGCCAAUUCACCACCACCACCAGGUUGCCACUGUUGGGCCCCUGAGCAAGGCCCUUAACCCUUAGUUGUUGGAGUUGUAUUCAUUGAUGAUUGUAAGUCACUUUGAAUAAAAGCAUUAGCUAAGUGAUGUAAAAUGUAAAUGUCCUGAGCUGAGAAAGUAUCAAGACUAGUUAACACUCACUUGAUGUUUAUAUCACUGCAAACAUAACUGCAGGCAGGUUUUCUUAAAACAACCUGGAUUCAUUAGCCAUUCCCAAAACAGUCCCAGUUGGUCUUGACUGAUAUAAUGAAUAUAGUGGCCGGCUUACAUAUACAUAUAAAAUGGUUGCACUUUAUUCAUCCUUCAGUAGUAUGCUGUGGUGUAAUUAAAUUAAUAAAUUAAAUAUUUAAUUAAUUAAAAAAACGAAAUGGAAUAUUACGCCAUUCCACAGGGCCACCCAGUGUCUUAAACCAUGCAGUGGUGUGCUUUGUUCAAAUAUAUUUCACAUUUGCUAAUAUGGUAUGUUAAUGCAUAUUGUUUAUAUACUGUGAGAUUUUAUAUAUAUAUAUAUAUAUAUAUAUAUAUAUAUAUUUAUGUGUGUGUAUAUUAUAUUUAUAUAUAUAUAUACACACAUAUAGUUUGUCAGACUGAAGAAUUGUUCAAGUAUAAGUUGCUAUAUAAUGAAGAAAAUAAGGACAAUUGCACAACAGGUGACCAGAACAGACAAAAAAUUGAAUAGAGGUGAUCGAAGGGUGGGGGGAUGACUUCCAUAUAUAACUGAAGAUUACCUAAUAUUCAGAUUUGAUUAGUUAAUGAAAUGCAAUGAGAUCAUGAAUAAUUUUUUUGCUUGGGCUAGACCACAAUUAGUUGUGUAGAAUAAAUUGCCGCAGCCACAGUUAUUGAGCUAGUUGAAUACCGUGUUGCCACUGAGGUACUGUUGAGCCAAAGUGGCCUGCUACCCAGACCAUUCUGCUCCAUGGGAUCCCUCUGAUUGUGUUGCAGCACCAAAUAAGCUGAUUCAGAUUUACUCUGGUGUCACACAGCUGGAACUGGUUCAUAUACAUAUCUCUCCUUCAAAUAUACUUUUGCAUUCUGACACAAUUUCUACUAUAUAGGAAACUAGUAUGUUGUGUAUAUAAUAGUGUUUUUUAAGUGCUAUCAUAUAGGUACAAUUUGUACAUGUAAAGUAUUAAAUAAAACAGG